GCUUGGAUGUUGAUAUCAACAUGGCGCUUGUCAGACAGACAAAGACAGCCAGUCUGGUCUGAUUGAGCCCCAAAGAGAGCAGGAAGGAGUGGGAAGUGAGAGGAGGGGGAUUUUUUUUUCUUAAGUGCCCCCGGGGAGUAGGAGCUGGGAGCGUGAAGCAUUUUUCUCUCCGUGGAGCUCCCCCUCGUUUUGUUUUGAAGCCCCCCCCCUCCAAAAUAUCUUUGCUUUUCAUAUUGGGACUGGGGGGAUCCCCACCCCCCAACUUCUGCUGUUAAAUGGUCAAGUGGAGAGGCAGAAACCAGGACCCAAAGAAUGGUAACUAGCACCGAAGACCUCCAGGAGGCUUUCUGAUUUCCUCUCCCCAUGUAAAGUAUGCUGAGAACCUUUCCAGUGGUCCUGCUGGAAACCAUGUUUCACUACACAGAUGAACCCAGGUUCACCAUAGAGCAGAUAGACCUGCUUCAGCGCCUUCGGCGUACGGGGAUGACCCGGCACGAAAUCCUCCAUGCCCUGGAAACGUUCGACCGCCUCGACCAGGAGCAUAGCGACAAGUUUGGGAGGCGGUCCACUUACGGGGCCAGUGGAGGGUCCUGUAGCAACAGCACCAACAAUGUCCCAGCGUCUUCCUCCACAGCCACAGCUUCCACGCAGACCCAGCACUCUGGGAUGUCCCCGUCACCUAGCAACAGUUACGACACCUCCCCACAGCCUUGCACUACCAAUCAGAAUGGGAGGGAGAGUAACGAGAGGUUGUCCGCCUUCAACGGAAAGAUGUCGCCCACCCGCUACCCGCUGGCCAAUAGCCUGGCUCAGAGAUCGUACAGCUUUGAAGCCUCUGAGGAGGACUUGGAUGUAGAUGACAAAGUGGAAGAGCUGAUGAGGAGGGACAGCAGCGUGAUAAAGGAGGAAAUCAAAGCCUUCCUGGCCAAUCGAAGGAUCUCUCAAGCAGUCGUUGCACAGGUAACAGGUAUCAGUCAGAGCCGGAUCUCCCACUGGCUGUUGCAGCAGGGAUCAGACCUGAGCGAGCAAAAGAAAAGAGCCUUUUACCGAUGGUACCAGCUUGAGAAGACAAACCCCGGGGCCACGUUAAGCAUGAGGCCAGCUCCCAUCCCGGUAGAAGAACCAGAAUGGAGGCAGACACCUCCUCCGGUCACAGCUACCUCUGGGACCUUCCGGCUACGGCGGGGCAGUCGGUUCACCUGGCGGAAAGAGUGUUUGGCUGUUAUGGAAAGCUACUUCAAUGAGAAUCAAUAUCCUGAUGAAGCCAAGAGGGAAGAAAUUGCAAAUGCCUGUAAUGCAGUGAUUCAAAAGCCAGGGAAGAAACUGUCCGAUUUGGAACGGGUGACCUCCCUGAAAGUGUACAACUGGUUUGCUAACAGAAGGAAGGAAAUCAAGAGGCGAGCCAACAUUGAAGCAGCAAUCCUGGAGAGUCAUGGGAUAGAUGUACAAAGUCCUGGAGGCCACUCCAACAGUGACGACGUAGACGGGAAUGACUAUUCAGAGCAGGACACUUGGCAAGUACGCAAUGGGGAGGAGGAGGGACGAUGUACAGAGGGAGGCAGAGAAGCAGAGAAGUUAGAAGAAGACAGGAGGAUCAGCUCAAAACAAGAUGACAGCACUAGCCAUAGCGACCACCAAGACCCUAUCUCACUAGCCGUGGAGAUGGCCGCAGUAAACCACACCAUCCUGGCACUGGCCCGGCAAGGAACCAGCGAGAUCAAAACAGAGGCCCUAGACGAUGACUGAUGAAGCAGCGGAGGGGGAGGGCUGAGACCGAGAAAGUAACUUAGUUUUAGACGUAGCACCUUAGCAGCCUUUCCUGGUUCUUACUAUGUGUUUUUCUUGCAGUAUAACUUUGCAGUCUCUUGUACGUCAAGUUAGCCGUUUAGGGUCUUGUCCUGUGAAGAUGGCAUGGUGCCCUCUGACUCCGCAUAUAAACUCUCAGUAUUAAUUCCCAGCCAGAUAAUUAACCAAACCGACCGACCUCCCUAUGCCAACCCUUUCCCCACCCCCUGUCUCCCCCAUGGCUAGACAAAAACCGUUGCUGCUCUGUCUUAGCAUUCCAUGAACGUGCUUCCAGGUGUCGUAGGCAGCCCUCCAUUCCGAACCUUAGGCUAACCCGAUAAUGUUUUCCUUUUUAAAAACAACCAACCUUGGAUUACCUUUUAAACUGAGCGUGUCCAUGCUUUUCCUUUUCCCAAGAAUGAAAGAGGGUGAAAUGAGGUUGCGUGGUUCCUAGGAUGAUGACGGCUGCCAUAUUGCUAGCAUUGGACUGAGAAUGGGGAGAUGAUCGGUUUCAGCUCUGUUUCAAAGUCUGGUCUCCAGGUGCCAAUAAGCUGUGCCUCUCGUGGCUGUGCGGCGACAUGCCCUCUUCUGUUUUUCGUUGCCAUUGGUGCUACAGUGAGAACGUUCUGGAUGGUACAGGAUAAGGUGGGGGAGUGUCCGUUGGUGCAUUUUGGUUGAUGUUCAUUGCUCAGAUACUCAACAUAGGCUCGCUCUUUUCUUGCAAGCUGUGUGGUUAGAAAUAAAUGACUUACUACUGGUUCCUACGUGAGCUCCAAGGUAGCUGCCUGUCGCAACUCUGCUCCUGGCUUGCCUCCUUCCAGCUGCUGAGGGAAGUAAAUCUGCUGCACCUCUGCACCAGGGAGUGAUUGGGUCAUCUGAAUGCUUCCCGUGCAGAGAGACAGCAGAAUUCCCUGCGUUGAGCAGAAGCUCGCCCGCCACAGCGACCUGCAGAGAAAAACCAUGUGAGUUGUCUUGACUUUUCCUCUCAGAGUUUGUCUUUUCACUUGUUAGGGUAAAGGGUGCCUCCAGUUUUUAACCUCAGUUUGGGAAGCACUGCUCAAAAUUCUUGUAACUGUUUACCUCUUCUCUCCCCAUGCCCUGUCUCAUUUUCUUGGGGAAGAUGUUAGUAAGUUGGGGUGUGUACCUGUGUAUGCGCAGUUUCAGGUUGGUAAAUGUGUGGGUCUGCAGUAGAAGAGCAAGAUUCAAGUUUAGAAGCACCUUAAAGACCUACAAGAUUUCUAGAGUAUAAGCACUCAAGGGUCAGAACUCUGACAAUGCUUUGGUGUCUGUCAAAGGAACCGUUGACUCGCAAAAGCUUCUACCCUGUUGGUCUUUAUGGUGCUACUGAACUUGAAUCUGUCUCUGUCUCUACACAGUUGCCUCCCAGCAACCCAAAACACAAGCUGUGGGGGACACGUAUGAGCCAACACAAUGAUGCCUAAUGCACACACGAGUUCCAGCAGAUGCACGUCAGAGGGCAUGCAGGAUGGCUAAUCAUUUUCUUGGCCUUUGGUUCCCAUGGCAUGCGAUUGGUCCAUAAUGAAAAAAAACUGGGUGAAAAUACCUCUUGUGUGUGUGUGUUUUCCUACUUCCAUUUUUGUUCAGGAGCCAGAAAGUUGUACCACUUCAGUCAGGUUAAAUCGGAAGCCAUAUUUAGACGGGAUACCGGAUGUUGCCGUGGGACGGGGUUUUGGCAGCAGGGAUGCAGUAACUGUUCUCCCACACCACACAGGUGGUGGAAACCUGGUUAUUUCUCCUCCCAUCCAUCCAUUUUAGCAGGUUGCUGAGUCCGAUGUGAAGUUACAUUCAGACAAAAUAGGCUGUCUGUCGAAAACAGGAAUGGGUGGACAAAGCUUCAAAGUAUGUGAAGUGAACCUACUUUUGAAUAGCAAAUCCUAGCUGAUUUUUUUUCCUUGAUCAAAUGUAGCACUUUGGUUAUCUUUUUUUUCUUCUUAAAUAAAUAUAUAUAUAUAUUUAUAUAUUUGUAUUCAAUAAUUUCUUUUUGUAAGAAAUGUCACUGGGACAAGUCCAAAAUACAAUAUUGUAAACUCCCAUCAGGGCAACAUCCUAUGCCUUGGGCAGCAUCUGUGGGGAGGAGUUCCCAUGAGAAAGGACACUAGAAUACCAAGUACUUCUCCUUCAUAAGUUCUGUGGUAGUCAGUUGGAUUGUUGCAAAACACAUCAUUAUCAUGCAGAAAAAGAUUGUACCUUAGUGUGCUUUUUUUGGUGCUUUAUUCUUCAUCGGAACUUGUGCAGAACGUUUUCCCAGGGCCCAUGUCCCCUGAGCAUUCGGUAUCUCAGUGAUGAAUUGCCUGUGCAACUUUACAUAAAUAAUAAGUGUUGCACAUAGUGCUCAGACUGACUUUCUGGCUGUGUCUCCCCACCCUCCCCACCCCCAACUCCCCGGUCCAAUGUUAGCUGAUUCAAUUAUCUAUCUUGCCCUGCUCACUUCUUUAAGGCAUGGAGAAUUUUUUUUUUUAAAAAAAGGAAAAUACUUGGUGUUGUGAUGUUGAAGUGGGGCAGCUUUAAGACUGAAGCGCUAAACUGAAGACCGUUUUGAAAUCAGUUAGCCAGUUCCAUGUGCUGGUCUGGCAUAUGGUGGUACCCUCAUUGCAAAGAGUUCUGUCUACCAUCACUUUCUCUCCAUUUCCUUACGUACCUUUGGAAUUCUGUGAGAUGGGAAGAAAACUUGGAGGGAAGGCAGAGGCGUAGCAAGGGGGGAAAGCACCUGGCGCACCGGUGCAUCCUCCACCCCCAGAAUACCCCCGUCCUGUCCUGGAACGCCCCCACCACGCCUCCGGAACACCCUUGCCACACCCCCACAGGGACGCGUGCCCAGUGCAUGGCUUCCCCCCCGCCCGCCCCCUUGGAGCUACGCCUCUGAGGGAAGGUAGCAGCUAAUACUAACGCUUUGUGGCCUGAUUGUAGCCCUGUCUGCAUUCUGCCAGGAUACCAGUGCACUUCACAAUAUAGCUUGUCCCCCCUAGCGGUAAGGAGUAGUGAUAUCGUAAAAGCUUGACCCUUGAAAAGUAGCCAGUGCAAAUGCAUGUUCGGACAAGUGGCUGAGGGCAAAGGAAUGUUUCCUUUUGGAGUCUAUUCAGUUGAUAUCUCUAUGAGUGGGUACCGUUGAACAGUGGAGGUGAUAAAGCUCAGAUGUUUCAUAACCAGAGGCUCAGAUGGCAGCUCCCUGCUUCUAAAUAACUUGUUGAUUUAAGACGAGCUCUCCAUUUUUUGCUCGUUGUCUGAAUGUGCACUUAAUCUCUGCUACUCAGAUGAUACAGCGUAUGUCUACAGCACAUCCUUCCCUUGCGGAUCCUACCUGUCCCUAAAAGGAUGCGAUUUUUUUUUGCAACCAUUCAAUCACCAAAGCAAAAACAAAACAGUCUUCUUUUGCCUGCCUUGUCUGUCUAAAGCAGGCCAAUAAACAAGGUGAUUCAGCCAUAGACUCAGGGAUGUGAAACUGGUUCAGCGAGUGCAGAGAAUCUUUUUUUUUCUUAAAACGUGCAUGAGCAAGCAUAUAUCUUUUAUUACGGGGAGGUAAAGAGGGUAGGAAUUUGGAUGUGCUGGCAUUGGGGAGUUAUCCAGCAAAACUGUAGCAGCUCCAGUGGAAUUUUACCUUCUUAUUUGUAUGGUAGUCACACACUGAUCUGACAAGCAAACAGCCAGAAUUUAUGACUGUAAGAACAUUUUAAUAAUCAAUGUCUUCUCUGCAUUGGGCUUGCCACUCCUAUUUACUUAUGCUGUUCCACUGAUGGUAUGUUGUUAUUUUUUUCUUUUACUUUGGUUCCUCAGCAAGAAACUUUAGCAAUAGAAUUUGUUCUUACAAGGGGGUUACACAUACUGUAUAAUCUGACCAAGAUGUCCCUCCUCUUCUGUGACAUGCUUGCUGAUUUUCCAGUUCACAAAAAAAGAAGCUGUAACUCCAGACAAGUAUGAACUUCUGGCGUUGCGUUGCUCAUACCAGUAGACUGCAGUAUUUGCCCAAGCCAAUUGCCAAGUACCUUCGGAACUUCCAUAAGUUAGUGGCCAUUCAGAAAAAACUGGAUAUUCAAAAAGGUUUAUUCCGAAACCUAAUAAAAGAAGACAGCAUAUGGUUUCAGAAUUAAGAAAGCCUUACCCCAGAAUGAAAUCUGGUUUGUGCCAUGUUAUUUUAAAGAAAUUUCCUGCCAAAUGACUGGCACCAUCCAGAGAAAAUGAUUUAUUUAAGUCCUAUUGAUUGUGUUGGGAAUUCAGCUGCUUCUAACUAGAUAAGAUCUAUACCAAGCUAAAAGUUGACUCUCAAAACUACAUUUUGUUUUCAGUGGAGAGACAUUUUACUGUGAUUGUGAGGGCGAUCCACAGGAAACCUGGUUUUAUAAGGUUUGGCACAGUUCUACUACUUGAACUGGUCCCUUAUUCUCAAUUAGUCUCGCAUUAUUUCAGCAUUUCACAUUAUUGAGAGGCUUUGCCAUAGGAAGAUGGCCAUUCAAAUUGGUGAAAUGAGGAAUGGUUGAUGGUUUUUCUUUUGCAAUCAGAAUUGUUGGAUCAGUGGGCUCCAAAUUCCGUUGCUCUGAAUUCAAGCUUAUUUCUUUGUUUACAUUCUUUCUGCCUUUCCCUUUUGGGCUCACCUUUGCAUUCUGCAUUAACAGUGAAAACUGUUGAUUGUAUUUCCAAGGUGGGCUAUCCAAAAUCUGGAUCCAUUUAACCACCUUUGAGAUAGUUGAAGUUUUUUGAAAAUGUUCAUGGAUGAUCUUAGCUAACUUAUGAGCAUGAAGUACACUGCGUGAAUCGACUCAAGCUAUUUGAUCUGUGAGUAACCUUCAGUGAAGGCUCAUGCCUUGUGGGGCACUGAGCAGAGGUGUAGCAAGGGGGGAAAGCGCCCGGUGCACUGGUGCAUCUUCCACCCUGGAACACCCCCACGAUGCCCCCACAGGGGCACGCGCCUGGUGUGUCGCGCACACAUCCCCGCCCUUUUUGGAGCUACGCCUCUGAGGCUCAGAUUAUUGACUUUGGUUCUAUUAUGUCACUGGCCUUGUUGGGACAAUGGAAGAGCAACUUCACCACCCUCCCCAAAAACAUUUUGAUAUGUAUCACUUCCUUACCAAUGAGGAUUUCAAAUAUAACCUUGGUUUUCAUCAAGUAAUACUUCCAUGUGUUUGGGUGGAGAGGAAGAAAAAGGGAUCCAAGUUUUCGAUAUUCAUAUUUAGAACAAGGGCUUCCUGUUAAAAUAGUUUGCACUCUUUACUACAGUUCUUUUCAGUGAUCAGGAUUGGAAAGACUUUUAGGCAAUAAGUGUUGGUUUUUGUGUCUGCUCUUGAUGAGGCCCUCACUGUUUGUGGUCCUCACUGAGAAAAAAAUUCCAAUAGGAGUCACAACUUCCAUCAGUGACAUUUAAUUUUCUUUCAACACUGUUCACAUUUGAGGUUGGUGUUUGCCCCCAUCCCCCCACCCCAGUUUGCUCUGUUACCUGAAAUUACACAGAGAAUGCCUUUUUGAAAUGAUUGCUACGUAAUUGAUUUCUGAGAGCAGAUUAUGAGUUUGGCUUUUCUUUGGUGUUGAAGAUAGAUUGGGGUUAGGGAAAAAUCUGUGCUCUGUCUCUGGCUACUGUAUACCACAGGGAGUGGAUGGAAUUGUAGGAAUAUUUGCAAAUGGGGAGUUGACCACAAGUGCCCUAGGCACUUCAGGGACAGACCUUCAGGGACAGACAAAUAGCCCUGAGCCCUUCGGGGGAGGGCGGUAUAAAAAUGGAAUAAUAAAUAAAUAAAUAAAUAAAUAUCCCCUCCUGAUUUUUAAGAGACAAGUUCAUUUUCUCAUUCUCUGUCCUCCUUGAAAGCAAAUUGAAGUAUGUUGCUGUAACUUUCAAUCAGAUUUUUCUGAAAUAUCGCCGUGAGAAAGAUAUUGGGAACGUUCAAUGGAACGUUCAAUGGCAACGGAAAGGGUAUUUUUUAAAUCAGAUGUUCAAUCUAUAUGUAAUUAGUUCAAAGAAAUGUGUUGGCAUUUCACAGUUCAGUCUUUGUAAUUAAAAGCAGGUUCCUUGAUUCACCCUCCCUGUAUCGUAAUUCCCUCUGCAUGUCAGUCUUCAGAGAAGCUAUUCAGCCUGAGUAGGUCAGGGCCUCAGCAGGGAUGUAUACUUCAACAUUUCAUAUUAAUUUUGGAUCUGGAUUUGGGAAGGGAACGCUUUUUGUUCUUCCAGAUUUUGGGGGUUCUACUUCUCAUUUUGGGAUAUUUUCAGAGUUUUGGGGAGUGGAGGUCCCAAAAAUUCAGGACUAUUUUAGCAAUUACCCCUCAUUACCCUCCCACAAGGGCAGAGAGAGAGAGAGAGAGAGAGAGAGAGGAGAAGGUAGCUGACCCUGGCAAGCAGCUUAUAGUGAUCUUGCCAUUCCUUUAAAUCUUCGUUUCAUUAGUUUCAAAGGGACAACCUGGCCUCCAAAAUCGGGAGGCCAGAUCUACCCCCAUUUUUUAAAAAAGGGCCUUUUAUAAUUUAAAAGGACUGGAACUCCCACCCCCAGCUAAUAGCUAAUUGAACAUAUCUAGCUCCCUGGGCCCAAUGUGUCAGCCACAGAACAAGGCCAUUAUUUCUGAAGGGCCAUAAGAGAGACUAGGACAACUCUCAGUAGACACUGAUGAUCCCGUUAUUUCCUAUGGGUGGUUAGAGGCCAGAGCUACCUGUAGGAAAUAAUAGGGUUAUUUGUUAUUUUAUUAUUUAUUUUUAUCAAACUUCCAUCCUGCCAAAGUUGGGCGAUGUAAAAACAUGUUUAAAAACAAUGUUUCUAACACAUAAAAUCUCUAGGCAUACCUAUCCUUAAAAGUCAAGAUGGCAAACAUAUUCCAGUCUGUGAGUACUACCCAGCCCCACUCGGUAUACAAACUCAUUGGUAUUAUAGGGAGACCAGGUAAUGAAGUUGGGACAUACAAGUAGCUUCAACCAAAGACCUGGCGGAACAUCUCCAUCUUGCAGGCCCUGUGGAACUGCCUUAGGUCCUGCAGGGUCCUGGUGUCAGCUGGAAGAGAGUUCCAUCAGUCUGGAGCUAGGGUAGAAAAAGCCGUGGCUCUAGUCAAGGCCAGUCAUGCAUCCCUGUGGCCAGGGACUACCAGGAGGUUAUACUGGGGAAAUCUGCGUUCUCCGCAGGCAAUAUAGGGUAAUGCAGUUUCACAGAAACGAUGGUCCCACACUUUGAAGCUGGCCUCUUAUGGAGCACAGAAAAUAAUGGCUUUAUUAUUUUCUGUGGGUGGUAGACCGAACCGGGGGGAAGGGGCCACACUUAGCUGUUAGUCAUGUAUCCUGGUCUUCUCACAGAAAAUAAUGGCCCUUCAAAAUUUGAAGAGGCAGAGAUGUUGCCAAACAGCUGCUUGGUGGGUCAGCUUCUUGUCUCUUCCACUUGGCCCCUGGCAUCUGGAAACCUGAAACCCUUCUGAAAUUCCAGGAAGUAAAUUUUUGUUACCUACAGAAUUUCAAGAGUGCUUUGGGUCAUUUCAGAUAUACCCGUGACAACCAGAAAAAAAGUGAUUUGGGGUUUAUUUUUUGCCUUGGUGUAUCCAAAUGCACACCCCCAGAUCUCUCUGUCUUUUAUUUGCAAAACAAGACUGUGUUUUGCAUUCAUAUUUCCUUCCUGUAAACCUCGCUUGAUGAUUUAACUAGUUUUCUGAAUCUAGCUUUUUGGUGGUUGUUUUUCCCUUUUAUACUGAAUGGAUAGUAUGAUUCCGUAGGGUGCAGAAAGUAAUUUUUAGCUCAUCUCCCAGUGGCUUGUUGAGCAUCCCAGAACAAUCUCAUGUCUGGUAAAAGGACUUUCCUGGUUAGUCUUGUGGGGUGGUACGCGAUCUGUUGAUGGUCAAUUGUGCUUCCCUUAUUGAGUGUUUGGCUUUAUGAAACUGCCUUAUUCAGUGUCUUUUAGUCCAUCUAGAUCCCUUUUGUCUAGUCUGAUUGGCAACAUCUUUUCAGGAUCUCAGGCAACAUUUAUUCCCAGCUCUGCUAUCUAAAAUAAUACUUUUAACCUGGAGAUGCUACAAAUUGAACCGGAGUCCUUCUGCAUAUUUUCCCAAGCUGUGGCCCUGGUUCUGUUCUGCUGGGUAGAAUUUAUGGAUAGAGAACUCAUUAGUAAGUCCCAAGUUUUCCCGUCUUUCCUUUUCCUCAGCAGAACAGUCUGGAACAGGUGGUUUAGGCUUUCUUUCUUUCUUUCUUUCUUUCUUUCUUUCUUUCUUUCUUUCUUUCUUUCUUUCUUUCUUUCUUUCUUUCUUUCUUUCUUUCUUUCUUUCUUUCUUUCUUUCUUUCUUUCUUUCUUUCUUUCUUUCUUUCUUUCUUUCUUUCUUUCUUUCUUUCUUUCUUUCAGGAAUUGGCUUCUUCUGUUUUGAGACUGGGAGUGCAGAUUGCACCUUCCUUGGAAAAAUGAAACUUAUGAUCAAUGAGCAUUUGGGAAGAAAUACUAUAGAGCAGGGUCCCCAACGUAGUGCCCAUGUGGGCCACGGUACCCCCCAACACUUUUUCCGGUGCCUGCCAAAUAUUUUCAGAAGUGGGUGGUACCAGGUAGGGCUUUUGCCCAGUAAGGUGUCUGAUUUCCAAUACUCAGAGUUUUUUAAAUGUUGCCUUGGCAGCAGCUGCCACCACAGCGCAAGGAUCUAUGCUGUGCUACUGAAAUUAAGCUUUGGAGAUCAUUUCAUGGCAGCCAUUUUAUCAGAAUUCCAAAUGGGCCCCCAGACUCAAAAAGGUUGGGGGCCUUUACUUUAUAGCAUGGAUCUUUGAUGGGCUGCCAUGGAAAUAUCUCCAUUCCUCUCUUCUGCCUUCCUGGAGACAAUAAUACCACGGUGCCAUAUUGAGAUUCCACUUUGAUCUUUUGAACACCAGGCAAGCCCCUUUCAUGGUUAUGCAAGAAAGGCCUUGCCUUCUGUCGACUACUGAAGUGCUACAGGCAAUCUUCAAGAGGCCAUUGCCACCAUAUUCCCAUUCUAAUCUAAGAAACGACAGUUUCUGCCUUUAGUUUGUGACUAUUUGUAACGAUUUCCUCUAGCUAUUAGCUCCUACUUGUGGGGGAGGCAGUCCAUAGCCUGAGAGAAGGAACGGGUGUAAAAAUGGACUUCAAUAAUGACAUCUGCAGAGCAGCUGGAGGGAGCAGAAACUUUUGAUGUCUGUGAAACACAUGGGCGCGACUAGCUUCCUUGUGGGCACUCUGUUGAUUUCCCAGUAGCAUUUUCGGUGUUGUGUCCCUUUCUAAAAGUGCCUACUGAGUAACCCAUCUUGAUACUGAUCUGGAAGUGCUGUCAAUAGUUCCUUCUGAGAACAAGGCUCUCUUUUCCCUGCCUACCUUCCAUUGGCAGCAUUUAGAGUAGAGAGUCUGCACAUUCACUUGGCCGGGGAAACAAGCCGGACAUAAGCCACUGCUGCAUCCUCCGUUGUCUAUCUCCCCCCCUCCCACCUGCUUGAUUUCUGAUUCCAGAGAAUGUUGCAAAAACUUAGGGUUGUUCAGUUGGGUCGUCUCAGUCUCUCUGGCUUUGGGGGCAGGGGAAUACAAUAUCCCAGCCCCAUAAAGACAUAUACAGCUUUCACUAUGGCAUGACCUCCUGUGUGCGGUGAGGCGUUCCUGAUGGGCAACUUACUGAGUUGCCUCGAUUCCAUUUCCCAUAGAAGAGGUUCCUUACUCUGUCCUUAACCAGAUUUUCAGAAAGGCCAUAUUGUCUGAUUUUUGCAGGCUGCUGUUAGUUUGUGGAUGUGUUUGAGAAAACUUUUUUUGACUUUAACUUUGAAAUUUUUUACAAAAUCUUUUGAACUGCGUAAGAAAAAGUGGGGGAAGUACUUCGUUCAUUUAACAUUCUGGCACGGAUUUGAGAGUGGUCAAGACUCCAUCCCUGUGAAGCAAAAGAAACAUAGCAGAAUACCCACAGAAAACAAGAGUUAUUAUUUACAGAAUAAAGGCCCCAAUUCACAGAAACUUUGAUGCCUUACACUAUAAGACAGGGGUGUCCAACUCUGCCUCUCCAGAUGUUCAUGGACUACAAUUCCCAUCAGCCCCACCAGCAUCAGGGGAAUCAUCCAUGAACAUCUGGAGGGACAGAGUUGGACACCUCAGCUAUAAGAGGAAAUUAGUUCCUUUUGAUCAGGAUGAUCUCCUUUGACUGGCAGUGGCUGUCUAGGUUCAGGGAGAGAAAACCUUAAUGUCUCCUACCUGAUCCUUUUGACUAGAGUUGACAGGGGUUGAACUUCAGACCUCUGGCAUGCAAUGCAUGUUCUCUUUCACUGAUCUACAGCCUCACCUGAGCAGAAAUGGGUCACGUUUCAUUGGAAGAAAUGGGGCAAGUUAGUCCUGACUAACUAAAGCAUCACUGAGUUCAGUACAUCGUAAGCACAGCUAAUGUUCCCUAGAUCUGAGGGAAAGGCUGCAAGAAGAAAAUUUAAUUUCCCCUCGAGCAGGAAAGCCAUGCAGAUUCCUGGCCACUCUGAAAAUGUGCAAACCAAAGCAGAAGCGAGGUGCCUGUUUGAAUGACUAAGUACUGUCGGGAGUCACUUUGUGUACUUGUGGACCAUUUUUUGAGCGCAGAGUCCACGCAACGUUAAUUUUAAUGUGCCAGUGUAUUAAUUGCUGGUCAAGAUAGCAUCCCCUGAUGGUUUGUGCUUCGAGCGCAAAAGCUGCGUUUCAGACCCGUAUGCGCCGUUCCUAAGUGAUGUUGCUAAUGUCCAUUUUGCUCUGAGUGAUGGGUCCCUGAUGACAAAUAAAGAUGCCUAUCAGGGAGUGCUGACCAUGUUCCUGUUGCAACUUUAGCUGUGUGGGGGUUGUGUUACCCUGGUAUUGUUAAGCUGUCUUGUUGCCUUUUUCUUUGAAUACAAACUGGCAGACGGGCUGCCUUUAUAAUCUCUGAAUGGCCAAGGUGGGAGGGUUGGCAUCAGGAUUCCAUGCUUCCAUCUUCUCUCCAAGGUAUUACUUUGGCAGAGGGUCCACGCCUUCAGUGCCUUCCACUGACUAUUCAGUGGAGGAGACCUUUGGUGGAGGGUCAAGCAGUAAGAUGUCCAUCGACAUUCUGUUUUGAAAGUGAAAUAGAUGAGAAUUGUUCUUCCCCACCCCCUUCCAAGCAGGCAUUGCAUUUGUGCUGGGACGAAAAUGGAUUCUGUUUUGGUUGGAUUCCCACAUUAAUAGAGUGCGUGCGUGUCUGUGUGUCUGUCUCUGUGUGUGUGUGUGUGUGUGUGUGUGUGUGUGUGUGUGUGUGUGUGUGUGUGUGUGUGCGUGUGCAGGGAGCUGUGUCUUCCAUUUUUGAUUUUGUGUAUUUUAAUAUAACGUCAACCCCAGGGGAGGAAGCAUUAAAACCUGUAAGUGCAAGUCAAGGAGAAGCUAUGGCAACUUGUAUACCGGGAUGAGAGGGACCGUACCUGUCUCACAUGUAUGCCCUCUUCUGUCACAUGCGUGUAUGUGCGAGCUGAACCACUCCCCCAUUGUAGCCAGCCGUGUUUUACUAUAAUCUGUCGAAGCUGGGCGUGUUCGUUUUUUUAAGUUGAAAUCCCAGGAGUGCCUGGGCUUUGCUUAACCGUGUCCCCUCUUCAACUCAUGGUGGCAACCUGUCUGUUGUUUUGUCUGCCGUACCGUGUUCAGCCUACCUCAAGGGGUAAAUCUGUGUCUCACUGUCCCUGCAGCCACAAUCUUCUUUUUUGAUUGUUUUCCAAAACACUCAACACUGGAAUGUAUAUCUCCUUCCCGGCCACCGACUGUCCCCCCGCUCCCCUCCGUCUCUGAUUCCCCCUUGUCGUUGCCACCAACUCCUGUUGCAGAUUGGAUGCUGCUUUAAAUGUGAAAAAAAAAUUGUUUAAAAAAGCUAUAUAAGGAUGGAAAAAAUAAAAAAACCUGAAUGAAAAGCUAAAGCUGAAUUUAUAAGCCUUGUUGCAUAUGAGCCAAAAGUGCAAAAAGCUCCGUAUAAUAAACUAACCUGCCACUCAUAUAAAUAUAAAUAUAUAUAAAUAUAUUAAAAUCAGACUGUUCUACAAAA